UUUUUUUAUAUUAUUUGGCAUGUGUCAAAAUUUGUCAAAUACUUCAGAUUUGGUUCAAAUUUUAUGAAAUUUAUUGUUGCAGUUUCACAGAUAUGACUUCAAAGUGCAAAAGUAAAGUAUGCAAUCCUCCUGAGGCCAGUUCUGGCCUCCAAGUAACGCCAGAAAUAGUAGCUGGUUGUCAAGAGUUGAUAUUGACUGAUGAACAGAUACAAACCUACAUGACUACAUUUCUUGAUAACAUUCAAAGAGGCCUAAAGAAAGAAACACAUCCCACCGCAAUUGUCAAAUGUUUUCCAACUUAUGUUCAAGAUCUACCGGAUGGCACGGAAAGUGGAAAAUUUCUUGCUUUAGAUUUGGGGGGCAGUAACUUCCGAGUCUUGCUGAUAGAACUUGAUGGAGGAAACUGUCAGAUGCAAUCUAAAAUAUUCGUUAUAUCACAGGAUUUAAUGGUUGGCCCCGGAACCUCUUUAUUUGAUUUCAUUGCUCAGUGUUUGGCAGAAUUUUCUAUUGAGCAUGGUGUUGCAGCGGAAACUCUUCCUCUUGGUUUCACUUUCAGCUUUCCGGUAAUGCAAAAAGGGCUCACAGUAGGCAUUCUGGAAAGAUGGACAAAAGGAUUUUCUUGUGAUGGUGUAGUAGGAAAUGAUGUUGCUCAAAUGUUGAAAGAUGCUAUAGCAAGAAGAGGAGAUGUGAAUAUUGAUGUUUGUGCUGUUCUGAAUGACACUACAGGUACUUUGAUGUCCUGUGCGUGGAAAAAUAGGAACACACGGAUAGGACUCAUUGUUGGAACAGGUACAAAUGGCUGUUAUGUUGAGAAGCAAUCCGAAGCAGAACUGUUCGAUGAACCAGAUAUGGGUUCUGGAAAUGUUAUCAUUAAUUUAGAAUGGGGCGCUUUUGGUGAUGAUGGAGCUUUAGACUUUUGUAGAGUGAAAUAUGAUGUUGAUAUCGACAAAAGAACUAUAAAUCCUGGUAAACAGUUGCAUGAAAAAAUGAUAUCUGGAAUGUAUAUGGGUGAAUUAGUGAGGCUUGCUGCAGAAAGAUUCACUAAAGAAGGUUAUAUGUUCGAAGGAAAAGGAUCUGAAAAAUUAUUCACACCUGAUUCAUUCGAAACCAAAUUCGUUUCUGAAAUUGAAAGUGAUCCACCAGGAACUUAUGUUAAUAUAAAGAAAAUAUGUGAUGGAUUGGAUCUAAUAAAUGCUACAGAACAA